UAGAGCUUUGCUCUUCAGGGAUAGCAUCAUUUUAUGUGGGGAAUCUAGUGGCACAUCAUCCAUUAUAGGUGUAUGAGGUGUAGUGAGAAAGUAGAGAAAAUUUCUAGAGAGAGAAAUUAAUACCCAUUGAAAUAGUAACUUUUUAAUACCUAUUGAAAUAGUAACUUUUUAAUACCUAUACCUAAAGAUCAAUUAAUAGAAAUUAUAGAUAAAAUUAAUUUUUUUUGUCAUCUUGUCGAAAAAAAAACCAUAUUUUUCCAUUGUCUUCUCCAAUCUUCAGUAACCAGUCACUGCAAAACCUAAAACCCCAUCACUAAUCAGCUACUAAACCCUUAAACCUUUUAACACUCCAACAACAAUGGCUACCACCACCACUAAACUUCUUCAACUCCGCCCUAAACUCAAACCCUAUCCUCCCCUAAAGCCUUUCUCUUCAUCAUCUUCCUCAUCAAAUCUCGAAAAUACCCCUCCUCCUUCACAACCCAAUACAGAAAAUACUCCUACACCUACACCUACACCUACACCUACACAUAAAACCUUUUCAUUUUCCUCUAUCGCCAAUAACCCCCAGAACGCAUCUUCCAAAUACUCCGCCACUCUCGAAGAACACCGUAAACACCUCGCUCAAUUCCGCCUCUGGGAUGGUACUGCUGCUAGUGGGUCAACUCCAUCAUCACCAUCAUCGCCCCCGUCACUUCAACAACUCUACAAAAACACUGUCAAAAACAAUGUUGAGUAUAACCCGAACGGGAGGGCGCAUGAUUUCCGUUUAAUUCGGGAAAAUCUCAGUAAGUUACAAGGCAAAAAUAAUGAGAAUGGAGGAGGGAAGUUUUUUGAUCUGUUAUCCUUAUCGAAGUGUAAGGAGAGUUUUAAGUUGAGACCAGGAAUGGAGAAUGAUGGUGUGAAAAGAGGAGGAGUGGGAAUGGUGAUUGGUGGUGGGAGUGAGAAUUUGCCUAAAUCGAUUUUCGGGAAGGAAAUGGCGAUGAGGGGUAAGGAGCGUGGUGCUGGUGAUAAAGAAGGGAAGAAGAGUGAGUUUGUUAGGAUGUAUAGUCAUGCUGAAUUAGGGGAGAAAUUGAAGAAGUUGAGUCCGGUGAAGAAAGAGGAGAAGGGUGCGUUUUCGUUGGAGGAGUUGAAGGAGAGAUUGGUGAAAGUGAGGGAGAAUGAUGAGAAAGAGAGCAAGUUGACCCCUGAUAAUAUAUGUGGUGAAUUGCAAAAUUCUCUUCUUAAAUUGAAGCAGGAUAAUGAAAAACGAGUUCAGACAGCUGUUGUCUUGGGGCUGCUGGGUGGUACUCAAAGCUGUAAGUUGAAACCACCAAAAGAACACUUGGUUGAAAAGUAUUUCCACCCAGAUCACAUGUCAUCUGGGGAAAAAGUGAAGCUGGAGCUACAAAAAGUGAGAGGUGAAUUUAAAAUGUCAGAUUCGGAUUGUGGAUCUGCACGUGUUCAAGUGGCUCAGCUUACAACAAAAAUAAAGCACCUAUCUACAGUUCUUCACAAAAAGGAUAAGCACUCUCGUAAGGGUCUACAAGAAAUGGUGCAAAAGAGGAAGAAGUUAUUGAAGUAUCUCCGAAGGACAGAUUGGGACUCCUACUGCCUCGUUCUUUCUAAGCUUGGCCUCCGAGACAACCCAGAUUACAAGUUCUAGACCAGCAUGUGUGACAUAAUUCUAGAAUGCAGAACUGCAAGUUUUGCUUUGGCAGAUUGAUGGGUGUCUUUUCCUCACCGAAAUUUCUUCUCUUGUUUGUGGGGAGAGGCGGUGAGGGGGAUGGACUUUUGUUGUUGGUUGACUGCCUCCCAAGGGAAGCUCAUAACUGGAUCUCGAGUUUUUGUAAUUCCAUUUGGUCUUUGAAAGGAGAGCCAAAUGUAGGAAUUAACUGUUGCUUAUACCAUGUCUUUUUUUAAUUAUAACAAGAGUGUAGAAUUAGAAUAACUUGCACACACUACAUGUAUGUAACUUUUAGGUACCGGGGCUCAUGACGUUUUACCUUCUGAGAGUUUUGAGGAGUGAAACUAACAAGCGACUCGGUAAUUGGUCUUCGAGGACUAGAGAAUCUUAUUUCUUAUUUGAAUUGUAGCUGACUGGUGGCAAGGCGUUGAUUGAUUAUUGUUUGCUUCAAGAUUUACAGGGACGAAUUGUUUUAAUAAGCUUGCCUUUUCUCUUUAUU